AUUAUCACCUUCCUGUGUCCUUCCCAUCAUCACAUAAUCCUUCUCAGAUAUCCCGAUCUAUGGACUUGGCUAUCAAGCCGUAUCGUCCGUUCAUUGGGUACUACCUACCAUGUCUGCCCUCGUUUAUAUCGCAUGCAACACGGCAGAUACGAUGGCUCGGACCUCACGUUGACUGUAUUUACGAAUUUUGAUUGUGGUCUUCACACGGCGUUUGAUAGGAGCUCAGAAGAUCGGAGGUCCUGCCGGCAUCUUAUCGCGUAUUCGUUCUCCCGUGCACGACAACCUGAGAUCAUGGGCAUGGCUUUUCCCUUCAUUCUGUUGCUUUACAUGUUGAUGCUUUUCGAGCGUAGCCUCGGCACACCACUCUCGCCCAAAAGUCUAUGCAGCCGUCAGGUUAUUGCCAGUAGACGUAAUGCUUUUUUCUCGAUAAUCCAUCUGCAUGCAUGUUGCGCUCUUUCCGAUUAAUGCUCUUUGCACACCCGAAAAUUUGGCUUCUGCGAAAAUACGAUACCUCACGCAUGGGAGGGGUCGGUGUUACAUAAGAUAGAA